AUGGCGAUGGAUGGAAAAAUUACCAAAAACCUCUCACUUCUCUCGAUUGAAGAGAAGGAACGAUUCUUCGAUUCGUUCGACAUGCUGCAAACCGACUGUGAUGGUGUCCUGUGGACGCUGAGAGACCUUUUUCCUGGUGCAGAAAAAGCAAUUCGGGCACUGCGCACCAACGGGAAACGCGUUGUGUUCGUUUCCAACAACAGUGUAAGGACGAUGGACGACUACAGGACGAAGGUGAAUAAGCUAACCGACCACACGGUAGAUGAUAGCGACAUCAUACACCCGGCCAAGAUAGUGAUCGAAUAUUUGCGCGAGCGGAAGUUCGAUGCACUCUGCUAUGUGAUUGGAAGUUCCAAUUUCAAGUCGUGUCUCAGAGAAGCCGGCUUCCAGGUGCUCGAUGGGCCAGAGGAGCCGGUGGCCGAAUCCAUCAAAGAGGUCGCUGUGGUUAUCAACGAUGGCAAACCCGUUAAGGCGGUCAUAAUGGACUUUGACUUCAACUGCAACAACAUCAAGCUGCUGCGAGCUCAGCUUUAUCUUCAACACGACGCCUUAUUUAUCGCCGGUGCGAUGGACAAAAUCUUACCGGUGGGACCCCAGAUGCGACUAAUCGGACCCGGCUGGUACGUGGAAACUGUGCAGAAAGUGGCCGACCGGAAGCCAAUCGUGCUUGGGAAACCGGGGCGUGAUAUGAGCAGACUGUUGAAGCGCAUGUUUGCCAUCGAAGAUCCCCGCCGGGUGCUGUUUGUGGGCGACCAGCCAGAUAUGGACGUGAAGUUUGGACAUGUGUCCAAUUUCCAAACGCUGUUGGUUGGCACCGGAGGAGUUAAAGAGGAGGAUUUGAAGAAUUUUACCGAUAAGCAGGACGAAAUACCGGACUAUUAUAUCGGUGCUUUUGCCGAUCUGGAACAGAUAGUGCGGGAGGUUGUGGAUUACAAAGCAGGGAAACUACAGGUUCAUCUUUAAAAUACAUCUUCUUCUUAUUAUGCAUACCUUAAGCAUAUUAGGCUAGUCAAUAAUAAUAUAGGUAAUAAUAAAUUGAAUAAUGAUGU